AUGAUGGCUGCCUUCAAAAAACUUGUACGCUUCAACUCUGGUGCGCAAAUCCACUACGGCGAUCUGGUCAGUGUGAGCGACAAUAAGUACACCGUUCGGAAGUUGGAGGGAAGUCCAUUCGGUAACUUGAGGGCGACCGAGGAAAUUCAUCAUGUCGAAUCGCUUGAAUGCCCAAUUGAAAGUACACCCAUUGUGAUGUGUAUCGGUCUGAAUUAUAAGCAGCAUGCAAAAGAAGCAAGCUUGCCUGUUCCGACUUACCCGGUCGUCUUCACAAAGCCUGCCGAUGCGCUCGCCGGUCCCUUCGAGACGAUCAGUAUCCACCCCGAUGCCCGCGAACUGCUGGACUACGAGGGCGAGUUGACCGUUGUUAUUUCUCGGGAUGCAAAGAACGUUUCGGAAGAAGAUGCACUAGACUAUGUACUGGGAUACACUGCUGGAAACGAUUUAUCCGCUCGGAACUUCCAGCUCCCCGAGGCGUCUGGAGGGCAAUUCUGCUACGCCAAAUCUUUUGAUCGGUUUGCCCCCAUUGGCUAUACCAUCGUCUCGGCCGAGGAGAUUCCAAAUCCACAAGUGCUGCAGCUGACAACCAAGGUCAACGGUGUGGUCAAGCAAGAGACCAGCACAGAAGACAUGAUUUGGACCGUCCGCCAGAUCAUCAGCCACCUCUCUCGCGGUACGACCCUCCGCAAGGGCACAUUGAUCAUGACUGGCACUCCAUCCGGAGUUGGCUUUUUCCGAAAGGAAUUCCUGAAGGACGGAGACGUGGUGGAAGUGGAGAUUGAAGGAACAUCCGCGACGAAGAAUCGAAUCCAGUAUUGA